GACCAGAUACCUGGGGCAAGGCUUUCCCUAUUGCCGUUGAGGGCAAGAACCAGUCGCCCAUUGACAUCCAGCGCUCCAACUGCAAGCCUGACGACUCGCUCAAGCCCGUCACUGUCGAUUACAGCGCUGUCGAAAUCGGGGAAAUUACCAACACUGGCAGCUCUUGGAAGGCGCAAGUUACUGGCGGCAAACCUGGCAUUUACGUCUAUGUUAUGUCUAUGCAGUUGCACCUGGUCCACUGGGACACGGAAAAUUUCAAGUCAUUCGGGGAAGCUGCUGCGGCACACCGCGGCUUGGCCGUGCUCGGAAUUUUCUUGAAAGUCGGCAAGGCUAACCCAGAAUUCGAUAAGCUCACCAAGCUUAUGGCCUUCAUCCCAUACAUGAACCAGACUGUCAACAUCAACGAGAAAAUCAACUGCGUCAACUUCUUGCCCCAUAACCGAUCGUACUUCACGUACGAUGGGUCGCUGACAACACCUCCGUGCUACGAAUCCGUCAACUGGAUCGUGUUCGAGGAGCCCGUGGAAAUUUCUCCGGCCCAGCUCGCCGCCUUCAGAUCCUUGAAGUCGUACCCCAAAUCUUCGGAAUGCCCAUGUGACGAACUGAAGGGCUGCAUGGUCGACAAUUAUCGCCCAUGCUGCCCGCUCAACGACCGGACCGUCCGAGUGUACAGGGCCUCGCCCGCUCGGGAGGAAUAGAAUCAGGAGACCUCGGAUGCGUGCGAAUUUCCUCUUAUCAAUCUGAUCGUAUCAUUUGUUCGUAUACUGGCAAAAUAACUAUGCAAACCUUUGAACUUUACCUAGACUCGGUUAUUUUUUCGCGCCAGUUUCGAGUCACGCUUUCGAGGGGAAAUCGUGCGGAGAAACCUGCACCAAUGUUAGUGUUAAUUGGAAUCAUAUCUAUCGACAAGGGAUGCACUAUAAUUAUGUAUUAUGUAUUUGGUCAUUACCAACCAAGAACUUUAAUGCACUUUUAUUCAUGGAAUAAUUCGUAUUGCUUGUGGAGUCGGAGGAGUAUACGUGGCACGUAUUCCGAAUUUGUAUCUAUGAAAGAAAUGACUCCAUGUCAAGUCUUGGGUAUCUUCCAUUUGCAUUACAACAUUUCUGGUGGUGUGAGGUGAUCUCAAAGUACCAUUCAAUUGUAUGUGUCACACAAAAACUGUAUUGAUGCAUUUGAGGCUGUCACUGCGCCGUAGCGCACGUUUAACAUGGCAGCAUCCGCUUGGUUUAAAUAUGCUGUUUUUGAUGCAUGUGCAAUGUUUUGAACCGACCUCUUUAUAGAGUUAAGUGUUUAAAUUUAUUAGUGCUAUAGUGCUUCAGCCCUGGUAGUCUUGAAUUGCCCAUAACGAUGCUACCGAGGACGUAAAAAUAAUUUUUUUCUGUAACGGAAACAUUUACAUCACAGCUUGAGAUCAAAUUCAACAAAUUUUUACGUUACAUAAUGAAUGAUGCAGAGAUACUGAAUUUUAAUUUAAAUUUGUGAUUUCGAUUUACUGAACAAAUUCAUGCUGAUUAGCGGACACGAUAAAUAGAUGCGUGGUUCCAGCCACUGAUGCUCGAUGGCCGUCUUGUUCUACAGCUACUACUAACCAAUUAUCAUCCUAUUUAUGAAAAGAUCCAACCAAUCAAAAAUAUGAAUCUGACUUUCCGAGCAUCACUGAAUUGACGAACACUAAUUCGAAUUCCUGAAAUUCCGGCUACAAUUGUAAGCGAGUGGACGGCGUUGGCGUCGUUCACUGAUUCCAUUUUAAUUUGGUAUCGCGUAAGAUGGCAGACUGAGAACCUGAACUGAUGUUCACGAAAAUUCCCAUGCAUCUCACAAUGAAAAUAAGAAGCAAAAAUGGUAAUUUAAAGUGAGAAUGAUCCACGGAAGUUGAGUUGGGUUAUUUUUUCAAACCAUAUACAAAUGCAGCAAUAUCUGUUCUGUAAACAAUUAUACAUAUUAAUUAGAUUCAAAUAAACUGUUUUGUGUAUAGAACAUUAAGAGCUGUUGAGUAUUGAGAGAUAUAUCAUUAGUUAUUGUUGCUAAUGUUACUAGUUCGUUGUUCGAUGAUUACUGGCCGCUGUGGUAUGUGUCGAAAGCAUUUCAAUAUUGUAACAAAAGCUCAGUUCAAAUGCUUGUGAUAAUAUUACAAAUCUUUGGCAACUAUAAGCUCGUUGUUCUCAAAUGUCUAUACAAAUUAGCCUAUCUUCCAAAUGCCGAGAAAAUACAGUUGAUUUAACUGGAAUCCAAUGUGAAUUUUUACUACAUUUUUCCCCACUGGCGCAUUUAAAUGAACAAUUUACACUUUGUGUUAAGAGGUAUCAGCUCCUCCGUAAUCAAGAUCUUCAUUCCAUAUGUGUAAGGUUGGAACUUGCUUAUCACAAACACGGCUGUUCUAGACUAGAAAAUUUAAUGAGAUAACCUUGCUCCUCAUAAAAAAAUCACUACUGACUACUUAGCCUGUCUUGUUGGCAACUAGAAAGAGUUUAUCCCUGGAUGGUAGUUUAUACUUCAAUAAAAUCCGGUACGUGUAUAAAUUUCCUCCUCGAAAGAAAACUUUACUAGAAGUAAAGUUGUCGUGCAUGCGAAAUAAUUUUACUUGAAGUAAAGUCUGUCAUGGCUGCAAAAUCUGUUGUUUGAGUGAAGUUUUCGCUUGACUUGUGUUACGCAGUGCCGUGCUCCUAAAAGACUUGUAGUUCGACCGCCUCUCGUUAUUCCCGUCACUGCUUGCCUCCAAUAGACAAAAGUAGAACUUGAGCUGUGAUAGCUUGCCGUUAGAUGCAUUAAUCCUUGCAGUUUGCAUUGUGUAGCCUUAUAUAAAUAGCUCAAACGUAGCAGUUGUUGUUCCCAUUUUGAAUUAAUUUAUUUUCAUGUAAAUGUGAGGAUUUCCAGAGAUAGGCGUGACUGUGGUAUUGCUGGAGAAUAUAAAUUGUGAAGAUAAAGAUCCCUUUAUUCCGAUGCUCUGACAAUGAAAUCCCUCGUUAUUUACAGUGCUUUUGUUGCCGUAUUUGAUCCGAUGCAAUGAAAAAAAAUUCUGUAUAAGGAACCUCGUUCUUUCUUCAUCUUGGGUCUCGAAUGAAAAAAAUUUAAAUUCAGCCAGCGAUCAUCAUGCAGGUGCUACACUUAAAUUACCAAUAAUUAUCAGAUUAUUACAUUUAUCAUCAUCGAAAAUUUUUUCAGUGACUAGUCAUCGAUCAAGAUCUUCGCGUUCGAAUCUAAUAGGUGUGUUGUACCGAAGUGGCAGCAAAAAAAAAAUCGAGAAACUCCAUAGCUAUCAUUGUUAUUAGAAAAUCAUAUUAACUGCUUUCGUAGCUGUGAAACAGAGAAAAGGUGAUCAAUUAAUAUUUGGCAUUCACACUAAAGUUCAGAAAAAUUCCAGUCAUCCUUCGAAGUAUUGAUGGAACGGUCAGGCAUCCCAUAGAGUAGUUGUAAUGAAGCAAAUUAUUCUACUCUAAUAGUUAGUAUUAAUUAAUAUAGUUAGUGUAGUGUAAGUGGAGAUAAAUAUUCAUUGGUCAAAUAUAAAUGCUAUAAAUAAUAUUGAAUUUAUCAAUUAUCGAUUCUCUAAAUAAUAGUGAAUUUAACCUAAUAAAAAUUUCUAUCGAUUAAUCUUGCAAUGAUACUGCGAUAAUCUGAGCUUCUUAAAAUGAAUUAAUUUCCAAUAAAGACGUUCAUUAAUUUUGCACUGAUUAUUCAAUGAGCGCAAUACUUUAUGCUUAAAUGUUAUGAACCAUAUUUUUCUAACCAUGGUUGCCAAUUAAACUUGAUAUAUCCGCAUUUAAAAAAAAGUGAUAUCUAUUGGCAGACUGAAAACUUCUUAUUUAGUUUAUGCGGUACGAUUUCCAAUCGGUAACGUCCACCCAAGAUGUUUAAAUUAAAUUUUCAACAUAUUGUUAGUAAGAUACUAUUGAAUAAUGAGUUAUAAAAGAUACAUACUGAGA